AUGUUUGUGAAAUUUGAUAAAGAAAAAAGUAGUCGUGAAAAUGGCUUUAAGUUCCAGAAAAGUAAAACCAAUGAUAAAUCUGGCAGUAUUGGUAAUGGAAAAAUACAUGAUAAUUUUGAGAUCGGAGGUAGUCAUGAAAUCGGCAUUAAAACUCCAAAAAGUAGAAGUCACGAUCAGUCUGAUUUUAGCGGUUUUGGCAAAAUAAAAAGUCAUUUUAGUGGGGACAAAACGUUUGGCAAAAACAUUCAUGUUGAUGAAAAAGAAAAAGUUGUCACUGAAAAUGAAAAUUUUAUUGGCGAAAUGAACGAAUUUCCGAACGGGGGAAAGUUGCGUGGACAAAAUGAUCAUGGCAGUCGAGACAGAAAUGUUUUAGUUGACAAAUCAAAUGUUCAUACUAGCGACAAAUAUUUUAGUCUGAAAAAUAACCUUGAUUUAAAUAAUUAUCAGUUGCAAAAUAGUAAAAACCAUGAUCAUUCAGUUGACGGUGGUGCAAUGCGUAGCGGAAAAUCAAAUACUUUAUCCAACGAAGACAGUAAAAUGAAAAUAACUGAAAGUCACGUUGAAACAAUUUUCAAAGAAAAAACUCAUGAUAAAAUAAAAAAACAUGGCAGCCAGUUUGCCAAUGGAAAUAUGCGGGUAAAUUUAGAUGGAAUGGAAAAGGCUGGGUCAGCCAAAGCUGAUAUAUCAGCCAAAACAGGUAUGUCAGUCAAACUUGGUGGAUCAAUGAAUUUGGGUGGAUCAAUGAAUUUAGGAGGAUCAGCUUUAUCAGGCUUAUCAAACAAAGCUGGUACGUCCGUUUCAGGAGGAUCAUCCAUUUCCGGGAGAUCAUCCAUUUCAAGUGGAUCAUCAGUUUCUGAUGGCUCAUACAAAACUG